AUGUCAGUGGACAAGACAAUCGAAGAGCUCAGCUACACGUUGGCUCAACUGGGCACUCUCGUUGGUCAUAUCAAUUCACAAAUUGGACAGCUUGCAUCCAGGAUCAAUUUAACCUUAGAUACAUUUGACCAGUCGAUAGCGGGUAUUGCUCUAGACGCCAAUCUUAUGUCUACUCAUGUUGCUCACACUGUAUCGCAGGUAAAUAUUCUUUUGCGCGCUGGCGUCCCGUUCACAGUUUACAUUAAGGUUCCGAAUGGAUGGUUAUUCUAUCUGCUCUUUCUGACGAUUAUUGCUGUGUUUGUGCUGUUAUCAGUGGUAUUGUUAUUGAGUAUGAUAACGCGAUGCAAUGAAGUGUUCAGACUAAUCAAACAGUCCCGCACCUCUGGUCAGCUCACUAUUUCAGUUCUCUUCCCUAUGCCAAAUCAAUUGCUAUCAUUUGAUAUUACUGCAAGAUGUCACUGA